GCUCCUAGCCGUUUUUCACGAUUGGGCAUCUUCAUGACGAAUUUUCACUGACUUGAACCGAGAACUUGAGCCACCAUCUGUCUGGUAACACUGCAAUUUGCAACCAUAGAGACUGAGGAAGGUUUUAAUGGAGACAAUCUGUCGUAUUUCGUAUAAAUAGAUAUAGGUAGAUACCUAUAUAGUUACAAUAAAUACAUAAAGGUAUACUUACUGUAGUUCUUUAUACGACAGUACGUGGAAAAGAACAAAAGCUUUGUUUGCCAUAGGAAUUGUGGAAAUAAUUUCACUUGUGAAUUUAUUAUAGUCUCUAAAUAUGACUUCAGGACCGUACAACUAUUCAUAUAUAUUCAAAUACAUCAUUAUUGGAGACAUGGGUGUUGGCAAAUCUUGUCUACUACAUCAGUUUACUGAUAAAAAAUUUAUGGCUGAUUGUCCUCAUACGAUUGGUGUCGAAUUUGGAACACGCAUUAUUGAAGUAGCGGGGCAAAAGAUCAAAUUGCAGAUAUGGGACACUGCUGGACAAGAGAGGUUCAGAGCUGUCACCCGCUCAUACUACAGAGGUGCGGCUGGUGCACUGAUGGUAUAUGACAUUACUAGAAGAUCUACUUAUAAUCAUCUCAGUAGCUGGCUAACAGACACUCGUAAUCUGACGAACCCGAGCACUGUGAUAUUUUUAAUCGGUAAUAAAUCCGAUCUGGAUGGACAGAGGGACGUGACAUAUGAAGAGGCUAAGCAAUUCGCUGAUGAAAACGGACUAAUGUUUGUUGAAGCCAGUGCUAAAACGGGUCAAAAUGUAGAAGAAGCCUUUCUAGAGACAGCUAAAAAGAUCUAUCAAAGUAUUCAAGACGGAAGACUGGAUCUGAACGCGGCGGAGUCGGGCGUGCAGCACAAGCCGGCGUCGCCCGGCCGCCCGCUCGCCGCGCCGCCCGCCGCGCGCGACCACUGCGCCUGCUAACCGCCGCGCCGACACGCCGACACGCCAACGCGCCAACACGCCAACACGCGCAGUAACAUAUUCAAACAAUAUACUUAACCUUUAAGAAUCAUCAUGUUAGCUAUAUUUAAAUAUGGUCAUAUUAUAUUUUGUUUUAGAAAUUAUUGCAAUAUAAGCACGAGUAUUAUAAAAUGUGAAUAUGUUCAAAAUUAUUAUAUAUGAUAUAAAUGCACAGACCAUUUGCACCCAACCUGGAAGUCACAUUAAAGUUAGUUUUUAAAUGAAUAGUUUCACUAACGAAUGUGUCUGAGGAGUUUUGCCAUUCAAAAUUAAGAAGGCAAGUGUCACUUACAAAAAUGAAUCCACCUCACCACUGUGUAAACUGAGAACCUUGUAAUCUGCCUUAAAUUUGGUAGGUUAUAAUGCAGCUCAUGCUGAGUAUUAGUGACUAAGAAGAAUAGGUCCGACUUGAAACAAAGAUUCGUAUCGCGGCUAGGAUAUAAUCCGCGGCUUCUUCGUUCUUCUACUGACUUGUGUUUGAAGUAACGUAAGAUAUAAAUUAUUGAGAAUGAAAAAACUUAGUGUGCCAGAUUGGGAGAAUUUCUCUCAAAUGAAAGGAAUUUCGAACACAGCUGAGAGAAAUUUUAAGGUCCUCACUCUCCCUAUACACGAUAGGGAGAGUGAGGGCGAAAUAAUUAUACCACUUCUAAAAUAAUAACAGUAGAUCUUUAUGCAAGAAUACCAUAUUCCAGUUGUUUGUUAAAUAUAAAAAAAAAACGAGAGUACUGCAAUACUUAUGGGUUGAUGGUUGAAGAUUGUCAUGUAGGCUGAGAUUAUCGCCUGAAAUAUAAACUAAUACUUUUGGGAUAAAUAGCAAAAAUCGCCCCAUAUGUCAUUAGAUGGUUACGGAAGUGUUGCAUGUGAAAAGAAGAUAUUUAAUUAACAAAUAGAUGCACAAUAUUAUAUCCAUUUUCUUUUAUGUGGAAAUUGAACUCACUUUUAAGAAAAAAAUACCCUUUAAAUUAAAAAUACACAAUACCUUUUUAAUGUUUGGUAAUUAUUGUUUUUGUUCACAUUUUAUAAUAUUUAUCUUAGUACAGUGUACAUUCCAUAUAAAACUUAAUGUUGCAUUAAGAUGACCAAACAUGUUUUUAUUUCAGAUUUUUAAUUUUAUUUGAAACAGUCUAAUCCCGCUUUCGAACUUAGUACUAGGAUUGAAAUUGUAAGGGAAAAUACGAAAGAUCACAAUGCAAGAAACACGCUAUAAAAACAUGUCGUGGCCCCUAAUCACUAAGUUACACUGCAUUUACGGAGAGGAAUAGUUAGGUGUGUCGAGCCGAAUACUUUACCAAUGUUACUUUAGUAUCAGUUACAAUAACUUUACCUGAAAAAAACCUAUAAAGAAAUCAUGGCUAUAUUUUUAACUUCCUCUCUCUGUCUCUCUCUCGAAUGUUAUGGAUACUUGUACCUCAAUAACUCAAUAACAUUUUUAUAUAAAAACAAUACUAUUUACUCAAACAGAAGGUUAGGAAGUCUAAUCAUUGAGUUAUUUAAAUAAAAAAAGGAUUUUUUAAUAGCUUGUUGUGGCACACAGACAAAACCGAUUCAAAGAUUUUAUUUCCUAAACUUCUUGUAACCGUUAUUAAAUUAACAACAUUAUCGGCUGUAUACACUUAAUAACAUUUCGACUUGUGAAUAGGACAAUUUUUCAAGUGUGCGUCUAUAGUUAAAUCAGGCGAUACGAGAAUUAGCUUAAAAUGAUCUAGGUAGUCCCAAUGUUCAUUUUCAUGGGGAAAAAAUAGCACCAUUUAAUUUUAGAUCAAAUUACCAUUAAGAUUAGAAAAAAAAACAGCUACAUUUAAAAAGUGUCUGAAACUCCAUUUUCAUCUAAUUACGAAAUUCAAGACUUCGAUCUCGUUUAUCGUAUUAAUGUGUUUGUUUAUUUUUUAUUUUAAUUUAUAUUACCGCUACUAAUCUAUAGAAAAUAUUGAAAUACUUCUUCAAAAUGUAAGAAGGUACUUUGAUCAAGAUUAAAUUUUUAUUUAAAAAGAACUUUAAAUAAAAUCAACAAGGUACUCCUUUGGUUUUCUCAUUGACACUACUUUCCAGUUAUAUUGUUAAUAAAGGCUGGGUAAGCCAAUACAAGCAGUUUUGGAAUUGCUUGGAGCAUUAUUCACAAUUCACUUUUAUACUUAGCUAUAGAAACAGGCUUGAAAAAUGUAUCUUUAUAUUCAGAAAAAAAGUAGGAUUCCAUAGGAUAAAAAUCCUUAGGUGUAUACAAAUAGUUCAUAUCAAAGAUUUAAGAUUAAGUAUUUAACAUACUUAUGCGCAAAA